UGUAGUUGGUGUCAUGCAAGAAUCUAUUCACACUGACUAAAGAUAUUGGAAGAGUGAAGAUCAGAGAAUUUUAAGUCUGAAAUUUGGCAUCACUGCCCUGAACAAUAUAACCUUAGUUGGCAUAAACUACUCAUACAGACAAAGGCAUUAUCCAUCACAAUAAGUAACGUUUUGUCUUUAUUUCAACCGGACAAUCGUGAUUGGAAAAGCUCCUGUGACAAAAUUCAAGAAAACCUGACAUAAAUGAACAACAACACAACAUGUAUUCAACCAUCUAUGAUCUCUUCCAUGGCUUUACCAAUCAUUUACAUCCUCCUUUGUAUUGUUGGUGUUUUUGGAAACACUCUCUCUCAAUGGAUAUUUUUAACAAAAAUAGGUAAAAAAACAUCAACGCACAUCUACCUGUCACACCUUGUGACUGCAAACUUACUUGUGUGCAGUGCCAUGCCUUUCAUGAGUAUCUAUUUCCUGAAAGGUUUCCAAUGGGAAUAUCAAUCUGCUCAAUGCAGAGUGGUCAAUUUUCUGGGAACUCUAUCCAUGCAUGUAAGUAUGUUUGUCAGUCUCUUAAUUUUAAGUUGGAUUGCCAUAAGCCGCUAUGCUACCUUAAUGCAAAAGGAUUCCUCGCAAGAGACUACUUCAUGCUAUGAGAAAAUAUUUUAUGGCCAUUUACUGAAAAAAUUUCGCCAGCCCAACUUUGCUAGAAAACUAUGCAUUUACAUAUGGGGAGUUGUACUGGGCAUAAUCAUUCCAGUUACCGUAUACUACUCAGUCAUAGAGGCUACAGAAGGAGAAGAGAGCCUAUGCUACAAUCGGCAGAUGGAACUAGGAGCCAUCAUCUCUCAGAUUGCAGGUCUCAUUGGAACCACAUUUAUUGGAUUUUCCUUUUUAGUAGUACUAACAUCAUACUACUCUUUUGUAAGCCAUCUGAGAAAAAUAAGAACCUGUACGUCCAUUAUGGAGAAAGAUUUGACUUACAGUUCUGUGAAAAGACAUCUUUUGGUCAUCCAGAUUCUACUAAUAGUUUGCUUCCUUCCUUAUAGUAUUUUUAAACCCAUUUUUUAUGUUCUACACCAAAGAGAUAACUGUCAGCAAUUGAAUUAUUUAAUAGAAACAAAAAACAUCCUCACCUGUCUUGCUUCGGCCAGAAGUAGCACAGACCCCAUUAUAUUUCUUUUAUUAGAUAAAACAUUCAAGAAGACACUAUAUAAUCUCUUUACAAAGUCUAACUCAGCACAUAUGCAAUCAUAUGGUUGACUUUUGAAUGGAAAACCCCACAAUAUUAAGAAAAGCAUUCAUGUGGCUUUAUUAGGGACACUAAACUACAUCAUUAACAUGUCACAGCUUGGUUGACAAUAAUCACUAAGAAAAUCUCUUUGGUUUUUAAAAAUACAUAAACAUAUAUUCAUAAAACUCAAAAAACAGUUAUACUGAACGUUGAGAUGGCAGAAACUUUCAGAAGCAAAAAUUAAGCAUAUUGAAAGGAUCCCACUCAUAUGAAACUAACAGGCUGUUUUCUGUUUAAACUCAACUGUGAGUGCUUCUGUUCAGAACACGUUAUUUCAUGACUAGGAUAAAGAAGCAAAUGGUUUAUGACUUGUCUGCUUUCUGGUAGUUAGAAUACAAGGGUCAAUCUAUGGCUAGUGUUUACUGGUAAUUUUAAAAUCUUUAAAAAUAAGUAGCUGGGCACAGUGGCUUAAGCCUGUAAUCCCAGCACUUUGGGAGGCUGAGGUGGGUGGAUCAUUUUGAGGUCAGGAGUUCAAGACCAGCCUGGGCAACAUGGUGAAACCCUGUCUCUACUAAAAAUACAAAAAUCAGCUGGACAUGGUGGUGGGCGCCUGUAAUCCCAGCUACUCGGGAGGCUGAGGCAGGAGAAUCGCUUGAGCCCGGGACGGAGGUUGCAGUGAGCGGAGAUCGUGCCACUGCACUACAGCCUGGGAGGCAGCGCGAGACUCUGUCUCAUAAAACAAAACAAAAAAAUAAAAAUAAGUAAAAAAAAAAAAAGAAAUAUCCUCAUUCACGUCUUACCUAAAU